GAUAUUUGGAGGUAUCUCACAUACACAACGAAAUGAAGAUGAAGCUGUCGGAGCUGUUGUGCAUCACGGUGCUCGUGAGCUCCGGUUCUGGUUCCCCGUACGAGCGAAAAGCUCCUGCAGGAAAAGAGAAGCGCGUGCAAUAUGCCGCUUGGGAUGACGUCAAUGUGCUCGCGCACGGCCUGCUACAACUCGGACAGAGUCUGAAAGAGCAUGUGGACAAAACAAAGGGACAGAUGAGGGACAUUUCUGUCAAACUCCGAGUGUUUAACGGCAGCGUCAGUGAGCUCGCGGCACUGACACGGCGUCUGCACGAGGAAAGCGAGACUCUUAAAGCACGAGCGCAGAGUCUGGAGGAGCGCGAGAACCGGAUCCUCAACAUCUCCUCUGACCUGCAAGAGAAAAGCGGAGAGCUGCUGAGGGACAGACAGCGCGUGCAUGACAGGAUCGGUAACCUGGAGGAAAAAGUGGACAACAUGGUGCAGAGAGACAGGCACGCGCUCACGAGCGGCAAUCACAGCGACGCGCGCGCCAUUCAGUUGCAGCUGGAGGCACAGAAUCAGCGAAUUGAUGAACUUGUGGAAAGAAUUAAACAGCAGCAGGAAAAACUGGACAAACAGAACAUUCGUAUUCGAGCGCUGCAGAGUCAAAUCCAGAUGAGAAAGGAGAGACUGAACCCGAGUGCUGAUGAAGUUCGGACUGAACAACAGGACACCGCAACAGCAUCAAAUUGUCACGAUGUGUUCCUACGUGGAGAGACAACAAGCGGAGUUUAUACGCUGCAGCCUCGUGACUCGCCGCCACUCCACGUCUACUGCGAAAUGACUUCUGAUGGUGGCUGGACCGUUAUCCAGAGACGCCGUGAUGGAUCUGUAGAUUUUGAUCAGCUGUGGAACGAAUAUCAAAACGGAUUCGGAAACCUUGAUGGUGAGUUUUGGCUCGGACUCGAGAAAAUGUACCGUUUGACUAAAGAUGAAGAUUUUAUCCUGAAGAUUCAAAUGACUGACUGGAGAGACGAGCAUCAAAACGUGCAGUACCGUUUCCGUCUGAACGGGGAGGACAAGAAUUAUUCUCUCCAAAUUCUGGAAAGUCCUGAUGGUAAUCUGGAAAGUUCUUUAAGCACAGAGUCGUCCAGUCUGCCAUUUUCAACCCGCGACAAAGACAACGACUGGAAAUAUGACUUCAACUGUGCCAAACAUCUGUCUGGUGGCUGGUGGUUCAGUAAUUGUGGCCGUUCCAACCUCAACGGCAGGUAUUUCAUCACGCCUCCCAAACAAAGGCAUCAGAGGAAACAGGGAAUGUUCUGGAAGACCUGGCACGGUCGAUAUUAUUCUUUGAAAACCACAGUGAUGAUGAUUUCACCUGUUCGCUAAAUACAGUUAACGCUGCAAACUGUAAUGGCGACAUUACGUCUGUAAAAUCAUUAUUCCUGAAGAAUUUAUUGGUGCUCAGAAGGUCACACCAGUCUUUUUUUGGUAAAUUUGUAAGGAUAAAUUUAUUUAUGAAUCUGAUAGAAGGCAGAAAGCUAAAAAGUCAGAUUCCAGUGUUGAGCUGACACCCAGUUCUGCGUGUCAGAAUGAUUCUGGAGAAAUUCUCAAAUGCAGAACACCUCAGAAAGCUACAGAAAGGUCAGAGUUCAUUUUCAGAGGGUUCUUAAUAGACUGUUUACAAAAAUACAAUGCUCAUGGACCAAACAGUAGAUUAUCUGAUUGAAACCACCAGAAAUGGCAUUAUUUAAAGGCAUUUUCCAGAGAAAAAAUCAAAAAUAAUUAUAAACAUAAAUAUUUAAAAUGUGAGUUCUUCACAGGAGUGUGUUAUUCAGCGAGUUUGAACCUGUGCACAUUCCAGUGCACCAACUUUCAGUCACAUUGACUGGUGUUAAUAUUUUACUGCUGUUUUCACUUUAAACAUUGAAAUGUGUUUGCGUGUGUGUUUAGAAUUGUGUCAGUGUUAUAUAUUAAUGUUAUUUGAUGUGAUAUUUGUCUUAUUUUCAUUAUAGUUGUGGUUUUAACAUUCUUUGUACAUUUUUAUUUUCUUCCAUAAUUUAUGUUUGCAAGAUAUUCCAUAGUGUUAUCAUUUUUUUUACAGGAUAAUUUUUGGUCUCAAGCAGACCAAUAAAACUUAUUUUUUAAAACCCUU